AUGGAUGAAGAAGAUGAUCCUUGGCCAGAAGAUCAGUCUAUGACUGAUGAAGAAGAUGAUCAAUGGGCUGAUGAUUGUUCCAACACAGACUCUGAUGAGGGACCCUAUGAAGAAGACCCUGAACCAGAACCACCAGAUCCUUACCAAAAUGACCCCCACUCCACUGACUGGUCCAGAAAAGAAUCUGACCCAGAAGAAGGUUAUGAGAGUGAUUCAUGGCAGGAAGAGACUGAAGCUGAAAACAGUCUAGAAAUAUCAAAAGAUUGGGAUCAUGAAUCUGAAGAAGAAACUCAGCUCCAACUGGACGUCCAAGAGGACUUAUGGGAGGAUCAAACCCAUCCUGAUGAUGAACAAGAUGACAUGCCAUGGUAUGAAGACACCAACUCUCAGCUCAGUUUAGGAGAAACUGAUCACAAUGAUGAAGAGACUUGGAACCGAGAAGAUAAGCCAGAUGAUAGCUUUGGUACUAACUCAGAAAAUGAGGAGGAAGCCAUAAGUGAGUCUGGAAGAAAUGUUAAAGAGUCCCAACUUGUCUUGGCUGAAGAGGAAGAAGUUGAAAGUGAGGCCGGAAGAAAUGUUAAUGAACUUGGAGCACACUCUACAUACUUUUCUGGUUAUGGCCAAAGAGACGAAACUUACUCUAAGUGGGAGGACGAAAUGGAGGCCUUGUUUAAGAAUCACCACGUUCCAGAAGAGGAGUGA